ACCAUCUUCUUAACCUUUCCUACAUCUUUCUUAUGUUUAAUGAAUUUCGGGUGAAAUGUACUCAAAUUAUUCUACUAACACGCGUUCAACAUAUUGACUGUCUACCCGAUCGUCCACAUGGUAUCUAGGACUUAGAUAUGUCCGCAGAUCUCUUCGCUGCGUUCGAGGAUUCCUCGAAACCUGCUCCACCCAAAGGUCAAAAGGGGCAACCGGCAAAUACCUCCAAGCAGGUUUCUUCUUUCACGCCCGACCCCUUUUCCUUCAACAACCCUAAGAAAACUAGCGCACAAAUAGGGCAACAUACGAAUCCUAUCACCCAACGUUGGAGUACUGAUACAUCUUUACGGAGUGGUCAGCUGCGAAAUACUCAGCAACCGUCUGGUGUAAAUGGCUGGACAGGUGCACCGUUUCAGUCUACUCAAUCAAAACUCCAGGAUGCUGAAGAUGAUGAUGAUGGUUGGGGUGACUUUGAAGUUGCUCCAAACGUGAACCAGCCGCCAAAUACUUCAGUAAUAGCCACUGCUCCAUCGAGGACAGUUGUUAAAGAACGACAGAGUCCACCUCGGCGGACAAGAGUUGUACGAGCGUCGACAAUAGAUCUUAUGUCAAAUAAUCUCCUUGAUCUUAAUAAUCCAUCAGCACUACGGAAUGAUGCGAGGGUGCCAUCUUGGAUGCAAGGCCAGCCUAAGAAGGUCAAAGCGCCGACGCCUCAAGUUGCUUUUUCAAAGCCACCCAAAAAGAUCCCCAAUGUUAAUUCAAAUGUGUUAUUUGACGCUGAUGAUUUUCAUGGGGAGCAGCAAGAUGGUGGCGACGAUGAUGAUGAUUUUGGGGAAUUUGAGACAGUUGCUUCACCAGCCCAACCGGAACCAGACCUUUUAUCAACUAAUUUCUAUUCGCCUCCUACAACAACCAAAAUGCGGCCCUCUCAAAUGCUUUCAGGCUUGAAUCUAACCUCACAAACAUCAUACCCGCAAGCACCACGGUCUCCAUCAUUCCAUGAAAGAAAUCCUUUCCCUGGGCUCGCUGUCGCGCCACCUUCAGCGCCAGAGAAGAAGCCAACCAAUGAAUCAAAACCAUCACCAGUAACUGCAUGGCCAUCCCUUGACGCGAAUAAGUCCGCGGGGAGUAAUGGAUUAAACGAAGACUGGGGCUCAUUUGAUGAUUUACCUACAGGAAAAACGGAAUCUAAUAUGGAUACGAAUAAGGCUGAUUCAAAUUGGGAUUGGGACUCAGAAGAGCCGGUCCAGCAAAAGCCCGUAAAGACAAAAGCACCGGUAGUAGCGCCUGAGCCUAAAGACUCGUCUUGGGAUUGGGAUCCUGUCGAUGCGGAUACCGAGCAACAGACCGAACAAGUAAAGGAUGAGUUACCUCCAACUAAUGUUCCCCCACCGUCUAUAUUAUUAUCAAUAUUCCCACAGCUGUUCGAUGAAGCGAACACGUCGUUGUAUAAACCUGUUAGCGGACAAUCAUUCUCUGUAAAAAACCGCAUCCUAUCUGACCCGAAGACCGUCGAAUUUCUCAAGGGAUACCUAGCUUUGGCGACGGUGGUAGCUCGCGUUAUCGCUGGCCGAAAGCUGAGAUGGCAUAGAGACAAAUUUCUUUCCCAGAGGAUGACUAUAUCAGCCGCAGGAAGCAAAGGAAUGAAACUUGCUGGCAUAGAUAAGGCGCAGACUGCCCGUGAAGACCGCGAGGCAGCUGAUGUCGUAGCUCAUUGGAAGGAAUACAUCGGCCGUCUUCGGUCCGCCGUUGCUACUGCUAAUUCGUCUAUCAAGAACAGCACAGAACAACUCAAGAUCCCCGAGAUCUCCGAAACAAUGCCGAUUCAGACCGAGAAGCUAGUUCCCACGGCGCCCAAGGCUUGCAUCGUGUGUGGUCUGAAGCGCAACGAGAGGAUCGCGAAGGUUGACUAUGAAGUUGAAGAUAGCUUUGGCGAGUGGUGGAUUGAUCAUUGGGGGCAUUUGGAAUGCAAAAGAUUCUGGCUACAUCAUGAGGGCGCUCUGCGACAGAGAUGAUUUUCACAAUUCAUCUCGAAGAACCAGUUACAUAUCAGAACUGUCGCUACAGCUAUCUAAUAUUAGUAGACUAAGAGACUGUCCUUGACCCUCGUAUUGAAAUGUUUGAUACCAAUAAUAACCGAAUAUCGAAUAUACA